CUGCUCCUUACUUUCUCUCGUUUGUUUUCUGUGUGAUGGGUCCUCACUUGCACCCGCAUUUCAGCACCGCAGAUCGUCUCGGGUAGUGAGUACCCACAUUUGCAGUUUCCUUGUUCCUGUUUAGGUUUUGUUUCCUCUGCAUCGAUGUGCGCGAUCGUCUCAUUCAGCGCUCCAUAAUCCUCUUUUCCCGAGGGUUGCAGCAUCUUCCGGUCAAUUCUUCGGAGAAGCAAGGUUAAUGCUAGGUCUAAUAAAGCUUCUGGUGCGUGAGAAAGGGAGGAAAAUAACAGGUUGAAGUGGGUCAAUGUCGAAAGUUUGGAGAGCAGCACGUGCUGCUUACUUGCAGCGAGCCGGGCGAAGUUCGGGGCGAAAAUUUAUCAAUGGAGAAUAUCCACAUAGAGUGUCGAAGUACUCACCGUCGACGUUUGGGAUGCUCGAAAGUGCUGUACCCGGUCAGAUUAGAGUUGGAUACAGUUCGUGGUUUCCAGAGCAAACUGGCUUUCGAUCACUCUCCACCCAAGUUCAAUCAGAUGCGGGAGUAGAGGAAGGAAAACCAGAAGAAGUUCCCGACGUUGAGAAUGAAGCGGAUGACAACACGGAUGGGUUUAGUAUUGGAAAGGCUGUAGAAGGUGCUUUAGAGGACUCUGCAUCUGGAAGUGAAGCAUGGGAUGAGGAAAGAAUCAAGAGCCAGCGAGCGUUGUGGAAAAAAAUUGAAAGUGUGAAACAGGGACCACAAAAGUCGGUUGUGCCCCUUAUUAAGGAGUGGUUGAACGAGGGAUAUGUUCUUGAUAAGCACGUACUGGUUACUAUUUUGAUUCGUCUGAGACGCCGGCAGCGUUACAAACAAGCUAUGGAGAUAUCCGAUUGGAUGGCACUAGAAAAGGGUACCAAGUGGGAGUUGGCAGAUAACAUCGUUCGAAUUGAUCUUAAGUCGAAAAUGAAACAAUUCACGGUUGCUGAGCAGUUGCUGGAAAAUUCCCCUCCCGAGUUCAAGACGGAGCUUGCUUACCACACCCUUUUGAAGAAUUAUGUGGAUCAUCAAAUGGCACAGAAAGCCGGGGCUUUGUUGGAGAAGCUAAAGAGCACAGGUCUCCUCACCCUGCCGUUUUCUUUUAACCAGAUGAUGUUGCUGUACAAACGGAAAGGGAUGGAGAACAAACUACCUGAAAUUUUGGAAGAUAUGAAAGCACAUGGGGUCCCAAAGGAUGUGUAUACCUACAACAUUUUGAUGGAUGUAAAAUCUAGGAGUGGUGACAUUGAGGGGAUGGAGAAAAUAUUCGAGGAAUUAAAGGCUGAUGAGAAUGUGAAGGCAGAUGCAGCGACGUUUGGCACCCUAGCGACUGCCUGUGUUCACGCCGGACUACUAGAGAAGGCCAAGGUUUAUCUGAAGGAGAUGGAAGAAGGGGACAUCUUCAGAAAUCGCUCUGCAUAUGAUAUCCUUAUUUCGCAGUAUGGUGCUGUUGGUGAUGUGGACGGGGUUGAACGGGUUUGGGAGAAAGUCAAGAGUGGCCCUAUCGUUUCAAACAGGAGUUACAUAACAGUCAUUGAAGCAUUUGGGAAGCUGGGUAUGGUUGAGAAGGCAGAGGAGCUAUAUGAAGUUAUGAGCCAAUCGAAGGGAUUAAUUUUAAGCCGUCAGUUCAACUCACUACUGAGUGCAUAUACUAGGCAGGGUUUGAUGGAUAAAGCGGAGAAGCUAAUGGAUGAUAUGGAGAAAUUGGGCCGAAAGAAAAACGCUAUCACAUAUCACCACCUAGUGACUGGGUACCUGAAGACGGAUCAACUCGACAAAGCAGUGGCAGCCAUGAAAGAGGCUCUUGUAGACCCUAAGCAGGGUCGGAGCAAGCCCUGGUUUGAGACUUUAGUUGCUGUUUUAGAUGCAUUUGCAGAGAGGGGUAACGUGGUCAAUGCUGAACAACAAUUCCAAGAGAUUAAGAAAGCAUACCCAAGGCUUAACAUUCAGGUUUAUAAUAUACUUCUGAAGGCCUACAUAAACAGCCGUGUGCCAGCUCUUGGAUUUUUGCAUCGGAUGUCCACCGACAAACUCGUUCCUAAUGAUGAAACGCUUAGUUUGUUACGGCAACAAACAGGACAACGAGAGGAAGUCCCUGAGGCCUCAGCUCAACCUGAAGUCGUUGCGUAACUGUACUUUGGUUAUUUCGUAUCCUGCCUGAGCCCUUUUGUGCCUUGAAAGGCUAGGUACGUCCCAAUUUUAUCAGGAUUGCAUGGCUAAGCCUAGUUCCUGAGACCUGAAUAUCUUUCAGCUGAAUGGGAGGUAUGUCUUUUCAUGAACGUUAUAUGCAGUCCUUGAAUGAGAACUGACUCUUGUGUAUGAGAGCUUACCAUUCGGGUAUGCAGAGAGGAUCAAUUUGGAAUUUGCAUUAGGCUUCAGUAGCAUAGGCUUGUCCAGUAGGCAAGCACAGUUGAUCAUUUACUUCAUAGCAACAACCCUUGGGAACUAUUCCCUUAAGUUUUGUUGGAUAUCCCAACACCCCGAUUCCUAGUGUUUAGUAUGAGGUUGAUUUCCCGACCAGGUUUUGUUUAGCCAGUAUUGGUAUAGAGAUGUUUCGGGAGGGGGCGAGAUAUAUGCGUUCUAAGUAUAAAUUCUUCCAUGUCCAUAUUUCUCGGAACUUAAUAUCCAAUACAGACCCUGAAUCUUCUUUUUCUAAAAAUGGAAAAUUAGGAGUUUGAAUUGUCCUGGAAA